AUGGAUAACGUUGAAUACCUCAGUUCCGCAGAUUUACUACUGUAUCUACAGAACGUCUGCGAAGAUCAAGAAGAUAUUCCAGCCCAUGACAAGGAGCUCGAUAUUGCAACCCUUGUUGGCGACGGUACUCCCCAGGAAAUUCAAUAUGUCAUCGAUCUCUGUAAAUGCAUUGAUGAAUUCGAGGAAGAAGAGCAAAUCAAAGCGACAGACAGGCUCAUUGCAUAUUUAUUAAACUCCCCCAUUAUCGACGACGCUGAAGUUUUGGAGCAAGCGAUAGAACUAAGCGCAACGCUCUAUAGGAAUCAGUCUGUGGCAAGAGAUGGAAACCUUCUGACUCAUCGAGAGAAUAAUUACGCAAAGGCUUUGGGGCAUCGAUACUGGCAACAAGGAAUCCGCGAGGAUCUCGAUGAGUCGAUCAGGCUUAGUGAAGAGGCUGUUGCUGCUUCUCCACAAGCUAUGUUCAUUUUGAGUAGCCCAAUAGGCACCAUCCAGCAGCAACCUGGCCUGGAAGUCCAUGCUUUGAGCACGCUGGCAGCCAGACUCGAUGAACUCUUUCAACUAACGGGUUCUUUGGAAUCUCUAAAUCAUUCGAUCAACAUUAUGGAAAGGUUGGUUACUGCCGUGCAUGGACCCGACUGGGAAGACAGUCGAACAGAGUGGUUAGGCAAUCUCGCUGCAAGCAUACAAAGACGUUACGAACAGAACGAGGGAGACACUUCUGAAGAUAUAGACCGCGCUAUACAAAUAUCACGAGAGGCACUUCAAAUGAUGAAUGGAAAUGAUGCUCGGAGAUCAUUGAUGUUGUGUACUCUCGCAAAUGCACUCGGUGGACGUGCUUUUGCUACCGAUCAGACGGACAACCUUGACGAAGCUGUACGAUUGCUUCGCGAAGCUCACGACAUCACGCCGACGAAAGACGCAAGAAACAUCGAGGUCUGCUACAACCUCGCACUUCGACUGUUUCAAAGACAUGCGGCCAGCGACGUAAAGGAGGCUAUUAGCAUUGCUGAAUCCACACUUGAAUAUACUCACAAUAACCACCCUAUUCGGCCACACUUACAAAACCUCCUUGGUGCUUUAUACUAUCAACAGUACACGAAAGGAGUCUCCAAAGAAGGAGCCUUGAAAAUAUUAGAGAUUUCAUGGGAAGCCCUCCGCAACUCUCACUACCCUUCGGUGUUAUACCGCUUGCAGGCUGGACGGCGGAUCCUUCGUCUCUGCUGCGAGAUGCAGAAUUGGCUAGCGGCGUAUGAGGCCGCCAUUGCUACCAUUGAGCUUAUCCCUAAGCUAUCAAUGCGUGAAAUUCGAAAUUCGGACAGGCAGCGCCUCCUGAGCAAAGAUGAUGUCGCAGGCUUUAGCUCUGACGCCGCGGCGGCUGCUCUGAAUGCUGGGAAAAGCGGUUUUGAGGUUAUCAGAUUGCUUGAGAUGGGUCGUGGAUCGUUAGCCUCUUCGGUGGCAGAGCUGCGCACAGAUCUAACUUCUCUACAACGAGAGUACCCCAACAUGGCCGAGCAAUUUAUCAAGCUUCGAGAUCAACUCCAAAUUAGCUCACCCGGACAACACCACGUAAGUCAAGGGUUUGACGCGCUGUUGAGUGUCAUCCGACAGAAACCUGGGUUUGAGGACUUUCUGAUGCCGCCGGGUGAUCAGAAAAUCCUCGACGCCGCUGCGGAUGGGCCUAUCAUUAUGCUCAAUCAGAGUGAAUAUCGAAGUGGUGUCGACGCCAUUCUCAUUGAGCGGGACAAUAUCCGCAUCAUGAAUCUCAGAGUCAGUCUUCAGGACAUGAAUAUGCCGCUUGGCCGUCUACAAGACAAUGAUUUCCUUGAACGGCUCUGGGGCUCUGUCGCCAAACCAAUCUUGGAAGGGCUUGGAAUUGGCUUACCAUCGCCUGGCGCACCCUUGCCUCGCAUCUGGUGGAUUCCUACGGGUGCAUUGAGCAGAUUGCCGUUCCACGCAGCCGGUUGUCACUUUGCAUCCUUUGCAGACAGUGUGAUUGACCGGGCCGUGUCUUCAUAUAGCUCUUCAAUCAAAGCGCUUCUGGAAACCCGAGCACGUUCCUCCUGGCUUCCCCAGCAAAGCAAAGAUAAUGCUGUUCUAAUUGGAAUGUCGAAUACACCAGGCUGCUCGACCCUCCACUAUGCCAUUAAGGAAGUGCAGAAGAUAGCAAAUCUUUUUGCGACUUAUGGUUUUACAAGCACAGUACUGAGCAAUGGCAGGGCCCAGAAGCAGAGCAUCCUCCAGCUUCUCAAAACCUGCGCCAUGUUUCACUUUGCAGGUCAUGCUAUGGAAGAUCCAUUGAAUCCAUUACACAGCGCCUUGCUACUGCAUGAUAAAGAAAAAGAUCCAAUGACGGUGGAGAGCCUUCUCGAGGUGAACUUGAGCGAAAGAAGCCCGUUCUUAGCAUUCCUUUCUGCAUGCAGGACAGGUAGCGUUACUUUAUCCAGAUUUCAGGAUGAGAGCAUUCAUCUAGUUGCCGCCUACCAACUAGCUGGGUUUCGCCACGUUAUCGGUUCUUUGUGGCCCAUUGAAGACCAAGCCAUGGUUCAAUGCUUGCAGCGCGUUAUCCGCUCCGAUGACCCUUCUAUGCAAUAUGAACGGCUCAUUCAUGGAUAUAAGCUACCAGCUCACCUCGAGCAUUGGAACUAUCUUACUGUGGACGAUGACGCCCAGAUGGAGGAUCUCUGUGUGCACCUGAGGUUCGACACAAGCGUAGGACACUACUUCUUGAACAAUUUUGCGCUCCAAGCACAUGCCAAACAAUUCGAAGUCAAGAUGCAGGCUUCGGGCUGGGACAUCCUGCUGGUAUCAAACAACGCCAUGUCAAAGAAUCUAACCACUGGUUUCAGCGGGACCAAUGAUAACAAGACAAUGCUCCCUCAGACAAUUAAGCAGGAGGACUUACCUAGUCUACUACAGACGAAUGCAAUGCGACUUCGACAGCUUGGGUCGACCCAAUCGGUGUGUUUUAUUGUCCCUCCUGAGGUGCAGCGGAACAUUCUUGACCUAAGAACCGGCAAUGACCAAACUCGUUCACCUGUAACAUCUUCGGACGUUGUGUAUUGGCUACUUGAGCAUAGUUGCAAAGCAAAUGAUACGAUGGUGCCGCUUCAUACGUCGCAAGGAUUCCACUUUUGUCGACGCACUAACGCCUUGUGGAAAUAUUUCAACCAUCCCAAGGGUGCAAAGGACAAGCUACAGCUUCUGGAUGCCAUACAACAGCGCGAGGACUGGACUCUUGAGCAGCUCUACGGGCCCAAUAAGUUCUUUUCAGCCGAGGAAACUAUCUCCCAACUCGACUUUGAAUGCCUAAAGUCGUUUGCUACUAUGGAGCUACAGCGAGAGGUCGAGUUUGAGUUCGAGCAGCUGCGUGAGAACCAGAAGCCCGUGAAAUAUAUACCGCUCACAUUCCCUGGACUUGAACCAGCUCUCAUACAUUUCGUCAAAACCGGACAUCUCCAAGCCGGUAGCAGCUUCGUACAAGGCUUCGAAUUCCUGAGUAGGACCAAGAUAGGACAUAAGUUUGGCUUACAAAAGUCUUCAUCUCGGCUUUUCAUCUCAAAGGAAUUUACUAAGAGUAUUCAAAAUAAUCGUUAUAUAAACAACGAAGACGUUGUGGUUCUCUGGAGCUCAGCAACAGAGACAGCUGUCAUUGUUUUUCCUGAAGAGGCUGAACUACUCCUCGCAACACACUGGAAUGCGACCACUGCCGUUAUGUCAUUACUGACUUAUGCUGCACCCGUGACGAAGUCAAUGUGGCGAUUCAAUACACUUACUUACUUUACGCUGCCGACGCCACCGAAGACAAGGCAGUUUCCUUCCUGGCUGAUGAUCGAGAUCGGCGUUCUUUCAGGACGGCUAUACUUCGACUACAGCAAGUAUGAAUCUUUGAUGACAUGGUUGGGUGCCGACCGAGAGACCGAGUCUUCAGGUGCCAGUGUGGAUGACUCCUCGCAAUCGGUCUCAGGGGUGCACGGCUUGAUUAUCGGCCAACCUCUGAAGUUUCUUCAAGAGUGGUUGACCUAUCGACGCCAGACCCAAGAUAACAUGCACACCCCGAUGGGUUAUAUAUGUCAGAGGAAGAAACUCGAUAAUCAACAUCCCUUCUUUGCUUUGGCUACAGUACCCCCUGAUGCAAAAGGGACUGGGGUUAGAUGUCCGAGCAGAGCUAUUAGGGUAAUACCAGCACUUACUCCCAAGGGCUCCAGCCGUUAG